AUCUUUCUGAUUGCCUUGUGUCGCUGUUCUUAUAUUUAUUGAUAACAUUGUGUCUUUGUCAUCGUAUUCUUUUUCGUUCUUCCUUUAUCAUGUAAGGUGCUUGGUACUUCGGCAACAUCAAAAUGCUACUGUUAUCAUAUUCAAUUAAGUUCUAAUCUGCCUACACAAUUCAUAUCGUGAAUCAUGUUCAUACAGAAUUCUUGAAUUCACUAACAGUCAAUGUCAAAUAGGAAGUAGCAUUAAUAAAGUGUGAUAUGAUUAUCUUCUCGUGAGGUUUAUGGAAGUUCCUAGAUUAGUUUAGUUGAGUAUACGACAAAAUUGGAUAUCGUAUUUCAAAAUGGACCUUUUCUGCCGAAGUGGUUUUGUGUUGAUUACUUGAAAUCUACGUACCGCAAGUUGUUCCAUUGUAUGUUUUGGUGUGUUCUUACCCUCCAGGAACUGGGAUUAUGCAUGUUUCCUGUAGUCGUUAAAUGUUAUCCAUCAAAGAUGAUUAGCGUUACACACACCACACACACACAUGCAUACAAUAUAACUGCCCUUUCCAAUAGAUUUCAAAGGGAAAAAUGGUCUGCUGAUUAGCCUGAAAGCUGACCUAUAGGACAUGUGUUUUUCUCCUACAAGAAGUAACGAAAAAACUAAAAAGUAUUUCACCUUCGUGUUGACAAGAAACUCUUAUCCCUGUCCCCUUCAUACAGAUGUAAAAAAUAGUGACGGUGUGUUGUAUUUUGGGGAUUUGUUGUGACGACAUGUCAAGCAGUGGUGAGUAUCGUCAAAUACCUGUUGGCCUUAUUCCCAUGAACAGUUUGGUUUAGAAAUGAUUUUGUUAUAUUGUUGAUGUCUUGGUGAUGUAGAUUGAUCGUGCUUCGUUCAUUCUUGACCUUGUAGCAUUCUUAUUGGUAAGAUAGCAUUGAGGUAACCAAGAUACAAUCCUUGAAUUGGUUUGCCUACAAACUGGUGCACGUGUUUGUUAAAAUGCUUAAAGUGAAGUAGCGAGCUAUUGUAGAGAAGCAAGUUUAUUGCGCACCCAAAGAGUAGUGAUUGCAAAUUUUCUUAAGGUUUCCAAACAAAAAAGGAAAUGGGAAUUGAGAUUUUUAAGUGAUCUCACGAAAUUAGCUCUAUGUCACCAUCAGGUUACUCCUACACAUUUAUUGCUACAUUGGGCUUCGGAAAAUCACUCAAAUGCUCCAAACCUAUUUUUGGUGGUUGUUUAGCCUUUUUCAUUUUGUUUCUAAAUAUGUUUAGCUUUAGAUAAUCAAGAAGUCAUUAAUGACGUUCUUUUAAUUUAACCCUUCUUUAAAUAAAGAAAGUUUUACAAAUCCAAGAAACUACUACAAAGUUGCAAUUUAGUAAAAGUACUCUUUGUUUUAUAGAAAUGAGUAGUUCCUUAAGGGGUGCGCCCAAGCUAAAAAUACUACUAAUGAGGAACAGAGGGAGUAACAAUUUUAAAGUACAGAACUCCAGAAUACCAAAAGCUAUCCUCGUAUCGGCAAGCUGGCAUGACAAUGUCCACAAAAAAAAAAGAGAAAAAAUAGAAAACAAAAAGAAAAAUAAGACCCAUAAAUGUAUCUGUGUAGUGCAACAAGUGUUAUGCCAUAAAAGAGAUCAAAAAUCAACUCCCCUGCCAAUGUCUUUAUCUGUCGAGCUCAUCGCCCCAAACUUGCCUAGUUUAGGUUACAUCUCCUGUGUAAUUUGCGAGUCAUUAUAUAAUAACAAACUUACCCAAUAUACACUCAAAAAAUAACAAUUACAGAUUUUUGUGGAAGUUCCAAGAAAAAAGAGGAAAUAAGAAUUGAGAUGUUUCAAUGAUUUUACUAAAUUAGUUGUAUGUCAUUAUGACGUUACAAAAAUCUUAAAUACCUAAAAUGCCCUUGUAUCGGCAAGCAGGCUUAAGAUUCGGGUUUAAUUGACCCGUCCCAACCAGUCAUCCAAGCUUGAAAACUUCUAGGGGAAGCAGCUCAAAUUUGAGUAGUAUAAAAACACUUUCCACUCCCACAUUCCACAGUUGCAUCAAGAAAAUACUGAUUCUUGAAAUGGCAAAAAAAUCUGAUUUGUCAACCAUUUUGCCACAAGAAAUAAUCUUUGAAAUUCUCUUAAGGUUACCUAUCAAAUCCCUAUUGAGAUUCAGGUGUGUAUCAAAAUCAAUGCUUUCUUUACUUUCAUCUCCUCUGUUCAAGAAAACUCAUGUUGAUUUUACCUUAAAGAACCCAAAAUUUACUGAAUAUAGAUUUGCUGUGUUAGCUACUGUUCAUGGUUUGGGAGGAAAAAUCUGCCGUUUUUACAACAUAGGGUUUCAAGAUUCUUGUCUUACUGUGGCUAGACAUAGUUGUCUUGGUAAAUGUCUAGCUCUGUCGGCUCGAAUUUUGGGUUCUUGUAAUGGGUUGAUCUGUUUAACUGGCAGUUCAUUGACGUUAAUGUUGUUGAAUCCUUGUACUGGAAAGUUUAAUGUAUUUCCGGAUACAGUGCUUGUGAAUAAUUGGGGUGGUGGUUGUUAUUAUGUUAGAUAUGGAUUUGGUUAUGACGCUUCUAUUGAUGAUUAUAAGGUUGUCAAGAUUUUCAGUUUUCCUCGGGUUGAGGGAAGACAGGAGAAUAGGGUUGAUGUUUAUAGCUUAAAGGAUAAAUCUUGGAAAAUGAUUCAGGGUUUCAAUAGUUGUUAUUUACAUGGAAAGCUUGGUGUGUUUGCGAAUGGGGUUCUUCAUUGGGAAGCAAGCCAUAGUCAUUGGCCGUUUUUGUUUUGGGAGAUUGUUACUUUGGAUCUGUCUGUAGAGAGAUUUGGAAAGACAGCAUUGCCUAGUUAUGAAGACGGAAGUAUUUAUUGGAAGUUAGGUGUUUCGAGGGGGUAUUUAGUUGGUUGUUGCAACUACGAACCGAAUAAGGUGGAUGUCUGGGUGAUGAAGGAGUAUGGUGUUGAGAAAUCCUGGACUAAAUUGGUUACCAUCUUGUUACCCGUUAACCUCAUGGCUUAUAUCUCACCAUUGUUUGUGGCAGAGAAUUGUGAUGAAUUUCUGCUGCAGUAUGAGGAAGAGCUAGUACUGUAUAAUUCAAGAGAUGGUUCAUUCAACCGAGUUGACGGUUACACGUCAGGUGAUUUUCGUCAAGUUCAAGUGGCGACCUACUUUGAAAGUCUUGUUUCACCUCAUGUUCAGUGACGUGAUGAUGGAUUACACUGUGAAGGAAAAGAAAUUAAGAGAGGGUACUCAUCAUGAUGGCAUUGUUCCUUCGAUAGACUCGAGCAUGAGAGGAUUGACCUACGGUCCAAAAGAAGCAUUCCAUUUUCCACCAUUCCGUCUAUAGCGUAAGGAGGUCCAAGAUUAAGAUGACUUGUUUGCUUUUAUUUCGGGUUUGUUCUACCGAGGAAUCGGCAAGAGAAGUAGAACCACUGUCAAACAUCAUAAAACCCCUGUAAGAUGAACUAGACAACUUUUGUUUGCUCUCUGUGUACUGUAAAAUAUGGCUUUUAGUACUGCCUCUGUGCUAAUGGAAUGUAUAACUUUGUCACCUUUCCCAAAAAUAUUUAAUUAGCUUAAGACAAUAUAGUAGAGUGAUUUCGUAUA